UUUGUGAUCUCAGUCAGCAGAGCUCCUCUAUUUUCCAUCGUUGACAAUCAUUUUCAUGAGUCUGGGGCAGAGAUUAACAUAACGACCUCCCUUCCAUGUCUAAAUACAAUCCCUUUUAGGAUAUUUUUUUUUUUCUUCUUGUCUUGCUUUCUUUUUUUGUCACCCUGCCCCUUAUAGGAUCACAAGCCACCUCCUUCUGGUUUAGCCGUGGAUUGAAAGGAAACACCUACAGCAGCUCUGUCAUCUGCUGAAGAUCAUAUUAUGAGGAGUCCCAUGAUCGAUCUAAUUUAGCUUUCUCACAAUCAAUAGUCUAAUUACCAGCUAUGUAAGUUUGUAUAUGGAAUACGACAAAAACUAAAGCAAACACAGCUCAAGCACAGUUAUCUGCUGGAUUUGUAUUUUUUUUUAUAUGCAUCGCUUGUGAUUUUUAUAUCCAUAAUUGGGAAUAUAAGGUCGUGUCUCAGAGGAUAUUUCUUUACGCAUGGUGACAGAAGGUUUGAUCACCGUUCUGGUGUUCUAAGGGAAGUGCUUGGAGACAGGAAGACAUGAAGAGUUUGCAGUGUUUUGGAGUCUUCUUGCUGUCAUUGCUUUUAGAGUGCAGCGAGGCCAAAAAACACUGCUGGUACUUUGAAGGACUGUAUCCUACAUACUACAUAUGCCAUGCAUAUGAAGACUGCUGUGGUUCCAGGUGUUGUAUACGGGCACUCUCUAUUCAGAGGCUAUGGUACUUCUGGUUCCUGUUGAUGAUGGGAUUUCUAUUCUGUUGUGGCGCUGGAUUCUUCAUUAGAAGGAGAAUGUACCCACCUAUGCUUGUUGAAGAACCUACAUUUAAUGUAUCAUAUACUAGACAACCUGUUGGGCCUCCAGCCCCACAGCAACCAGGAACACCUUAUUAUUCUGAUCCAGGAGGAGCUACAGGAAGCACCUUGACUCCACCUUAUAACUUUAAACCAAGCACUCCACAAGGAAAUCCAGCUUUCCCCCCUCCACCUUCAUACUGCAACACGCCGCCACCACCAUAUGAGGAAGUCGUUAAAGCUUACAAAUGAAACAAGUUGGUUCAUUAUUUCCUAAACCGGACUCUUUACAACUGCUCCACGUUGAGGAUGACCCUCCUUCGGCAUGACAGAAGCUCCGUUGUGUGCCCAGGUUCAGCUUAGCCUACUGGAACAGCUGUUUUAUGCUACUGGGAAAUGGUUGCAGUUCAGCCCAUAUUUAAAUCUAGUGCAACUACUUUAAAACCUUCACAGCACUGGACUGGAAUUUAGUGAGCUGAAGAGUUAACUUCACUGAACUCCUCCAGUGCUGUAGAAGCUAAAUGUUUUUUAACACACGUUUCAUAGUAUGUAGCUACUUCAUUGUACGUAUGUUUUUCAGCUGUUGAUAUAUACGGUACAUAUCGUUGCUGCCUAGUCAUGAGUGCUUGCAGACCAUGCAAUAUCUUACAGUAAAAGGCAUGAUCUUGGUGGAUCCUUAAGUUGGUUAAAUAUGUUUUUAUUGAAUCCAAUAAAAAUUUGUUCAAAAUCAA